UUUGAAUAAUGACGACAAAUGCGACCCCUCCGCCUGACUUGGAAUUAUCAGACCUGCCACGACCCCCUUCCUCAUCCUCCUCCGCACCGUCAUCGCAAUCACAGCCACAGCCGCAACAUCAACCCAAAAUCGCCUUAAAGCGUCGCAUCAGCACCUGGUGGGUAACCACCGUCCGACCAGUCCUCCGUGCAGAAGAAGACGAUCCACGAGAUUACCUAGCCCUCGAACGAACCCACCUAGCCUACAUCCGCACCUCCAACGCAAUCGCCUCCUUCGCAGUCGUCACCGCCCAGCUCUUCGUCCUACACAGCGACACACGCGUCGUGGGCAAGGCUUUCGCGUGUGCUAUCCUCGGCCUCGCGAUCUACGUUACGCUGGACGGCGCCGUGCGGUACUUUCGUCUUCAGGAACGCUUGCAUAGGGGCGUGCAUAAGACGUGGAAUUGGGAUUUGGGGAUUGUUACGGGGGGGUUUGUUGGGAUUGCGGUUGUGUCCAUUGUUUUGGUCUACGCUUUUGACUAG